AGAUUCUGUUCAGUAAAGCGUGAAAAUAUGUUUGAGAAAAACAUUUUUCACACCAGCGAGCUACGAAAUGAAGUGAACUACAAUGAGGCACUAAAGAAGCUCCAGGAUGACUCUACCCUUCCUUCAUGCAAAGGCGUUAAAUUUGAUUCUCUGUUUAACGGCCUAAAAUACUUUCACGUUUGUGCUCCUGGGCUCCCUCCAUGUUUAGCGCAUGACCUGUUUGAAGGUGUCGUAUCUUAUGACCUUGCGUUGAUGCUAGAAUAUUUCAUCACCAUGCAGCGAUGGUUGUCUGUUGAAGAACUGAAUAAGCGGAUUCUCUCGUUCAAGUUCAAAAGAGUAGACGUGAACGACCAGCCAGCUGAGGUUUCUAAAACAUUUAAAAAGCUGAGUGGACAUGCAAUCCAGAACUGGAAUAUGCUGCGGUUCUUACCCUGCUUUCUUCAUGACAAGGUCUGCAGAAAUGACCCAGUAUGGGAGCUAGUAUUGAUGCUCACUGAACUUGUUCACUUGGCAUGUGCUCCGGCAAUAAAUAUGGCCAUGGUAAUGAGACUGAAAGAUUUGAUAGAAGAUUACAUUGCCCGGAGAACUGAGCUUUUCCCUGGUACUCCUCUGAAACCGAAGCACCAUUACAUGGUUCACUACCCUAUCUGAUUACUCAGUUUGGACCGCUUAUUUGGUUAUGGACUAUGCGUUGCGAAAGCAAGCAUGGCUAUUUUCGCAAGUGCAUAAGAAGUGCCCAGAACUUCAAGAACAUCACAUUAACACUUGCUGAAAAACACCAGCUUCUUCAGGCGUUCAGGGGGAGUACUUGCCGCUUUGAAAGAGACUUAGUGGUUGACUCCACAUUUCUUUUUUGCCCUAGUUUGUUCAGUAUGGAAGUUCAAGAAGCCAUAAAGGCCUGUGGACUACUAGGAAAAGAAUUGCAUUGCACAUACCAAGUUGAAUACAGGGGCACCAAGUACAGCAAAGACAUGUUUGUAAUUUUGGGUCGUGAGGAAAGCAGACUAGUGUUUGGCCGGAACAUUUUUAUUUUAUUGCUAGACAACAAAGUCUGUUUUCUUGUACGUGUGACUUGUUCUGUUUUGGAACCUAUGAUGAUGAUAUAUUUGUUGCCUGGUCCAGAAUCUGGGGCACUGAAGUGCAUUUCCGUUCAGGACCUUCAAGAUUACUAUCCGCUUGAGUCGUAUGUUGUUGGCCAUCCAAAAGUCACAGUCAUUGCACUGAAGCAUGCUGUUUUAGAUCAUUGCUAAUUUCUUUUUUUCAGCUCUGAGGACUUCAUGUCACUUGUACAGGAGUGGCUUCCAGCACUCAGCGAGGAAGACCUCACAACGAUUGGUCGGAAACUGCAGGAGUUGGGAGUAAAAUGUGCAGAACAUUUCAGAUAUCUACAAGAAUCAGACUUAAACUUCUUAGCCCCUGUGCAAAGGCGCAUUCUGCUUGAGAAAUUUCAGACCAGAGCUGCUCCUGUCCCAUCAGGCCCAAGUGGCACUUGUGCUACAGUGACUUCAGAUGCUAACUCACAGCUAGAUGAAUGGGCUGAGAAAUUUUGCAUUCCUUGGGAAAUAUUUCCACCACGCUUACUUCAAGCAUGCAAAGCACAAGAAAGGGCUACAAAAGCCGAUCUGAACCAGAUGGUGAGAAUGCUAAGUUCUCUCAUCUUGGAUAAGCAUUCAGCGCCUGGCAGACGGAACCUGAGAAUAAUUGCAGCAAAACUUGUGUCAGUGUAUCCUUCAACAUUUCAGGAUUUGUUAGAGGGUACAGUUGUCGGCACAGGAGUUGAGACGUUAAUGUGGAAGCUCGAAAACUGCAUCAACAACAAGAAGAGACCAAUUGCACAUAAGCUGCCUGCGGAAAUUGAUGACCCAGACUCAUUCCAGCCACGUCCACGAUCUAGACGUGACUCCUACGGUUGCCUAGCAUGGCAACCAGAGCUGCCAAGUGGAGAAAAUAUGUUGGCACAACGGGAAAAGCAGCAGCAGCUCCUUUGUGAGCAUGCUAAAAUGUACCCCAACAAGCAACUUGUCUGUCGUUUGAUGAUAGAGACGUAUGCAUCUCAAAGACUGACCAUUAAUCACUCAAGGAGUGUGACAGAGGUGAAAAAAACUGGCCAUUUUUGUUUACUGAGGACUGUCUUCUUCAGCAUUCCAAGGAGCUACUUGGUAGUGAGGUUUGCCAGAGACUUGAUGCUAGCAUGGAAAUUGUUGGGCUUCGUGUAUAUCGCUAUGCUUACAGUCAGAUAAAACGGCCAAAGGUGAAGAAAUGUCUCGAAGAAAUAGAACAAGCAAAGAACCGUCUGAAGAGUGUGACACCAGAGCAUGAAGGUGCACCUGUUCUCCUCCUUGCCCUGCUUGACGAGGAUGAAGAGCUCAUCUACAAGACCGUUGAGGAGACCGCCCAUGACGAUGACCUAGGAGACAUGCCCUUGACGCCCAUAAUAUGUAUGAAAGGACCGGGUCUUUUUGAGGCAGAAAUGUUCACCGUCUGUGUGGAUGGUGUUGCUUUAUUGACUACUCAGCGGGCCGCAGCUUUCAAAGCCAUGUUUCUUUUAUACUUUGUCCUUAACAUCGAGUAUCCACCUGAAGUGGCUUUGACAUUGGAGUUUGUGCAGAGGGCAAUCGCGGGAAUCAACCCAGAAAGAAGCACAAAGGCACGGCGAACAUCGAAGAAGCAGUAUUGUUUGUCCCCAAAGGUGGCUGCCCUGGCGAAUGCCCUGGAUCAGUACAAGUUCUGAUCUUGUGUUUGAGCUUUAAUAAAAAGUAAAAUUUAGA